GAUUCUUCGGUUACCCGCCAGGAUAUUGGGCUUCGUGCGUGCUAACCCUCUUGUUGAUAUGGCCAAAAAGGUCGAAGAAAUAAUUGAAUACCGGCGAAGAAAUCCCCAGACAAGUUUACCAGACAUGGCUCAGCUUCUUUUAGACGGACUACUCAGCGGCGAAGACUCUGGCCUAAAAAAACAUGCAUCCAUGGUGGACGCCACAGCACCUCUGCCGCGUGAAGCGCUAAGUCAAUUGUCAGCCAACUGUGUGGCAAUCUUCAUCGGAGGGUACGACACAACACGGCUAGUAUUGAAUUUCUGGUUUUAUCUAAUGGGAAGACAUCCUGAGAUACAGGAGAAAAUGCGGCAAGAAGUUGUUGAAGCUUAUGAAAAAGAGGGAGACCACCUAUCCUUUCAAACUAUCACGACACUUCCUUACACGAACCAAGUAAUUUCUGAGACCCUGCGGCUCUAUCCACCGUCAUCCACGUUUACAUCGCGGUGUGCGGAAGAAGACUAUCACUGGGGGAAAUACCUCAUCAAGAAAGGAACGUCGGUUAUAGUGCCUACGUAUCAGCUGCAUCAUGAUCCCAGAUACUGGCAUGAACCGGAAAAAUUUGACCCAGAAAGGUUCAGUCCAGAAAACAAGCACUUAAUCAACCCGACUGCGUACCAGCCCUUUGGUCUGGGCCCCCGCAUCUGCAUCGGAACGCGACUGGCGCUUGUUGAGUUGGCCUCGGCUACUGCGGAGGUGCUUCGCCACUAUCGCAUCACCCUGGGCACUAGUCAAAAGCGUGACCUUGAACUGGACACAUACUCUUUCACAGUGUUUCCUAAAGAAGAUGUGCGAAUUCGUGUGGAUAGGUUCAACGGCAAGAAGUAAAUCUUCAAGUGGCACUUGGUGAAAAUGCAUAUUACUCUAUCGGCAGCAAACUUUAGUACGAAAUAAAAAAGCACUGUUAU